AUGCAAAUGAACAGCAUUAUUCAUGAAAACUCAGAUAAUUUUAUUGAAGUCCUGUUAACGCCAGAAAAUAUCUUUAAAAUUUCUGCCAGUUCUUGUGGAAUUGAAAUUGAUGAACAGGAUUCGUUCUUCAAUGAUCUUCUAGCAAAAUUAGAAACUAUUUCAUCAUCAUCAGCUGAAUUAUUACAGUGGAAAGAUCAAAAUUGUCCGAGAUUAUUUGAUUCGAUUCAAGCAAAGUUUCUAAAUAUUUUAAACAUGGACUUCGAGGAUCAAAGUCCGGUCUGUAAAACUGAUAUUUUAUCACCAUUCCAACUGUGGUUUUUGCAAAGAUCACUUCCGUUGUUAUACUUCAAUGAUACCAGAAAUAGCCAGUUAUUUCUUCCGGAAACGAAAAAAAAAGGAUGGGAUGUGCUUUAUUCUAGCAAAUAUGAAGGUCUUAGUGCUGCAAGAUUUCAGGCAAAAGUGUUUGAUUAUAGAGGAGCAACGGUGACUGUAAUAUGCCUGGAAAAUAAUUCGAUCUAUGUGAUUGCAAUUGAUCAGGAAUGGAGAAAUUGUGGAACUUGCUUUGGCUCCAAUGACUCUGUCUUUUUCCAGUUAUCUCCAAGAUUUAUACGUGUAGCCAAACCUUCUUCAUUUUAUUGUAACUUAAAAUUUCGAAGUCUUCCAAUGAAGAUAUCUUUUGAUAAAUAUUUUAUCCUUGAUAACGCAUUUCAUGGUGUUUCUGAGAUUGAGGUUUUUGGUUGCAGUGGUGAAGAUGCAUUGAUAAAGCAAAAGGAUUUAAAACGACGAGAAGCUUGUCAAAUCGAAAAAAAUAAAAAGGUCAGUCUUCCUAGCACUUGGGAUGAAAAUCCAGACAGAAUUCUCCUGGAACUUGGUGGUUUAUAUUCGACUGCUAAUCGUCGAGAAGUUUUUAGCCGAAGCGACCAAUAA